AUGACUCCCAGCUUCAUUGGGAAAGUCACUCUUCAGAUUCCCUUUUAUCGCCCCCACGUGGAUCCUUGGGUGAUCUCCAUAUCCAGCCUUCACUUAAUUGGAGCCCCGGAAAAAAUACAGGAUUUCAAUGAUGAAAAGGAGAAGCUCUUGGAAAGAGAACGCAAGAAAGCGCUACUGCAAGCCCUGGAGGAGAAAUGGAAGAAUGAACGCCAGCAGAAAGGGGAAUCCUACUGGUAUUCAGUUACUGCCUCCGUCGUUACGAGAAUUGUGGAGAAUAUUGAAUUAAAAAUUCAGGAUGUCCAUUUACGCUUUGAAGAUGGUAUCACCAAUCCUUCCCAUCCUUUUGCGUUUGGCAUCUGCAUUAAGAAUGUGUCCAUGCAAAAUGCUGUGAAUGAGCCUGUACAGAAACUAAUGCGGAAAAAGCAAUUAGAUGUGGCAGAGUUUGGCAUCUAUUGGGAUGUUGAUUGCACUUUAUUGGGGGAUUUGCCUCAGGUGGAGUUACAGGAGGCCAUGGCCAAGAGCAUGGAGAGUCGCAGUCAUCACUAUGUCCUGGAGCCCGUGUGUGCGUCUGCUCUUUUGAAGAGAAACUGCUCCAAGGAGCCUCUGCGGUCUCGGCAUAGUCCUCGUAUCGAAUGUGAUAUUCAGCUGGAGACCAUUCCCUUGAAACUCUCUCAGCUGCAAUACAGGCAAAUCAUGGAAUUCCUUAAGGAGCUGGAACGAAAGGAGAGGCAGGUGAAGUUCCGAAAGUGGAAACCCAAAGUGGCCAUAUCCAAGAACUGCCGAGAAUGGUGGUGUUUUGCUUUGAAUGCUAACUUGUAUGAAAUCAGAGAGCAGAGGAAACACUGUACCUGGGACUUCAUGUUGCAUCGUGCCCGCGAUGCUGUAUCUUACACUGACAAGUAUUUCAGUAAGUUAAAAGGAGGCUUGCUGUCUGCAGAGGACAAGGAGGAAAUGUGUCGGAUUGAAGAGGAACAGAGCUUUGAGGAAUUGAAGAUUUUGCGUGAACUGGUUCAUGAUCGAUUUCACAAACAAGAAGAACUAGCAGAGAGCCUACGGGAGCCGCAGUCUGAUUCUCCAGGGGACUCUCCUGGAGCCCCAGAACCCGGCGGAGGCAGCGGGAUGCUGCAGUAUCUUCAGUCCUGGUUUCCUGGCUGGGGUGGCUGGUACGGGCAGCAGACUCCUGAAGGGAAAGUGGUCGAGGGGUUCUCAGCAGAGCAGCACGAGCCGUGGAUUCCCGAAGAGAUCCUGGGCACUGAGGAGUUUUUUGACCCUACAGAUGCCUCAUGUAUGAACACGUAUACGAAGCGAGAUCAUGUCUUUGCCAAGUUGAAUUUGCAGUUGCAGCGAGGUACAGUGACUCUGUUACACAAGGAGCAAGGAACUCCUCAAAUGAAUGAAAGUGCUUUCAUGCAGCUCGAGUUUUCAGAUGUAAAACUUAUAGCGGAAUCUCUUCCUCGAAGAAAUUCCUCCUUGCUUUUAGUCCGGUUGGGUGGACUGUUUCUUCGAGACCUGGCUACGGAAGGAACUAUGUUUCCUCUUCUAGUCUUCCCCAAUCCACAAAAAGAAGUUGGCAGAGUCUCACAAUCUUUUGGUCUCCAAACUACAUCUGCAGAUAGAAAUGAUCAUUACCCAGCUGCAGACCCAGAUAACCCUGUUUUUGAGAUGCUGUAUGAGAGAAAUCCAGCGCACAGCCAUUUCGAGAGACGGCUCGACGUUAGCACGAGGCCCUUGAACAUCAUUUAUAACCCCCAGGCUAUUAAGAAAGUAGCUGACUUUUUCUACAAGGGAAAGGUUCAUACCUCAGGUUUUGGUUAUCAGUCUGAACUUGAAUUGAGAGUGGCUGAAGCUGCCCGAAGACAAUAUAACAAACUGAAGAUGCAGACCAAGGCAGAAAUCCGACAAACUCUUGAUCGUUUGUUAGUGGGUGAUUUCAUUGAGGAGAGUAAACGGUGGACUGUGCGACUAGAUAUUUCUGCCCCUCAGGUGAUAUUUCCUGAUGAUUUCAAAUUCAAGAAUCCUGUGUUAGUUGUUGUGGAUCUAGGAAGAAUGCUGUUGACAAAUACCCAAGAUGACUGCAAGAGGAAGGGUGGGGAUGAGUCUGCAUCUGAAGAGAACCAAUUUAGUGAUGAUGAAUAUAAGACCCCUCUUGCCACCCCUCCUAACACCCCACCUCCCGAGACAAGCAGCAGCAAUGGAGAGAAAACACCUCUGUUUUCUGGCGUUGAGUUCAGUGAAGAACAGCUUCAAGCACACUUAAUGAGCACAAAGAUGUAUGAGAGGUACUCGCUGUCAUUUAUGGACCUCCAGAUCAUGGUUGGACGAGUGAAAGACAAUUGGAAGCACGUCCAGGAUAUUGAUGUGGGACCAACCCAUGUGGUAGAGAAAUUCAACGUUCAUCUACAGUUAGAACGUCGAUUGAUUUAUACUUCAGAUCCCAAGUACCCAGGAGCCGUGCUCUCAGGCAACUUACCGGACUUAAAAAUCCACAUCAAUGAAGAUAAAAUAUCCGCUCUGAAGAAUUGUUUUGCUCUCCUCACUACCCCAGAAAUGAGGACUUCUGACGUUCAGAUUAAAGAGAAGAUUUUUCCCCAAGAGGAACAGCGGGGAAGUUUGCAAGACUCAGUAAUGAACUUGACCCAGAGCAUCGUGAUGUUGGAGCAGCAUACCCGAGAGGUGCUGGUGGAGUCGCAGCUCCUCUUGGCAGAAUUUAAAGUGAACUGUAUGCAGCUUGGUGUUGAGAGCAACGGCCGGUACAUUUCUGUGCUCAAGGUGUUUGGUACCAACGCUCACUUUGUGAAGAGGCCUUAUGAUGCUGAAGUCUCCCUAACUGUUCAUGGUUUGCUCCUGGUGGAUACCAUGCAGACAUAUGGUGCUGAUUUUGACCUUUUGAUGGCUUCACAUAAGAACUUGAGUUUUGAUAUUCCAACAGGAAGCCUCCGAGAUAGCAGGGCCCAGUCUCCUAUCUCUGGACCUAACGUGGCCCACUUAACUGAUGCAGCUGUACUGAACGAGCAAUCAGCUGCUAGUGUUUCACUUGACAAAAUUCUCACAAAAGAACAAGAGUCCCUCAUUAAAUUGGAAUAUCAAUUUGUGAGUUCAGAGUGCCCAUCAAUGAAUUUAGAUAGCACUCUUCAAGUGAUUUCGUUACAGGUGAAUAAUUUAGAUAUUAUCCUAAAUCCAGAGACAAUUGUGGAGCUGAUUGGUUUUCUUCAAAAAUCCUUUCCCAAGGAAAAAGAUGAUUUGAGUCCUCAGCCUUUAAUGACUGAUUUUGAAAGAAGCUUUAGAGAACAAGGAACUUAUCAAUCCACAUAUGAACAAAACACUGAGGUUGCAGUGGAAAUCCAUAGACUUAACUUACUACUCCUUCGGACAGUUGGAAUGGCAAAUGGAGAGAAAUAUGGCAGAAAAAUUGCAACUGCAAGUAUAGGUGGCACCAAAGUUAACGUUUCAAUGGGAAGCACGUUUGACAUGAAUGGUUCUCUUGGCUGUUUGCAGCUUAUGGAUUUGACACAAGAUAAUAUUAAAAACCAAUAUGUUGUCAGUAUUGGGACUUCUACAGGCUAUGAAAAUAUCGUCAGUGAUAUUGGCUACUUUGAAUCUGUAUUUGUCAGAAUGGAAGAUGCAGCCCUCACUGAAGCUUUGAGCUUCACGUUUGUUGAGAAAUCUAAACAGGAGUGUUUUCUCAACCUGAGGAUGGCUUCCUUGCAUUAUAACCACUCUGCUAAAUUUUUGAAGGAGUUGACAUUAUCCAUGGAUGAACUGGAAGAAAAUUUUCGAAGUAUGUUGAAAAGUGCAGCCACCAAAGUCACCACAGUACUAGCUACCAAGACUGCUGAGUACAGCGAGAUGGUGUCACUCUUUGAAACUCCAAGGAAGACUCGGGAACCCUUUAUCUUAGAGGAGAAUGAAAUAUAUGGGUUUGGCCUGGCUUCUUCUCAUGCAGACACUGUAAAGCUAAUCUUGAACAUAAACAUCGAAUCACCAGUUGUUUCUAUCCCUCGAAAGCCUGGGAGUCCUGAGUUGUUGGUGGGACACUUGGGACAGAUAUUCAUCCAGAAUUUUGUAGCAGGAGAUGAUGAAUCCAGAAGUGACCGUCUGCAGGUGGAAAUCAAAGACAUCAAACUAUAUUCUUUGAAUUGCACCCAACUAGCCGGCAGAGAAGGUGCUGGGUCUGAAGUAAGCCGGACAUUCUGCCCACCUUCUGGGUCUGCCAGUGCCAAUAGUCAGGAGGAAGCUCAUUUCACCCGACAUGAUUUCUUUGAAUCUUUGCAUAGAGGACAAGCUUUUCACAUCCUGAACAACACCACCAUUCAGUUUAAACUGGAGAAGAUCCCUAUAGAGAGAGAAUCUGAGUUGACUUUCUCCCUUAGCCCAGAUGACCUGGGAACUUCUAGCAUCAUGAAGAUAGAAGGAAAAUUUGUCAAUCCAGUUCAGGUGGUGUUAGCAAAGCAUGUAUACGAGCAGGUUUUACAAACGCUGGACAAUCUCGUGUACAGUGAAGAUCUGAAUAAGUUUCCAGCCAGUGCUACCUCCUCGCCUUGCCCAAAUUCUCCUCUGCCUUCCCUCAGUUCCCGUGGAGAACCUUCUGUUGAAAAGAAGGAAAAUGGAUUGUUCAGCCACUCCAGCCUUUCCAACACUUCUCAGAAGUCCUUGUCUGUGAAAGAAGUCAAAUCCUUUACUCAGAUUCAAGCCAACUUUUGUAUAUCAGAGCUUCAGGUUCAGCUGAGUGGAGAUCUGACUUUGGGGGCCCAAGGUCUUGUGAGCUUAAAAUUUCAGGAUUUUGAGGUGGAGUUCAGUAAAGACCAUCCUCAGACUUUAUCUAUUCAGAUUGCCCUGCAUUCUUUGCUGAUGGAAGACUUAUUGGAGAAAAAUCCAGAUUCCAAAUAUAAGAACCUGAUGGUGUCUCGAGGAGCUCCUAAGCCAUCUAGUUUAGCACAAAAAGAAUAUCUUUCCCAGUCUUGCCCUUCAGUAUCCAAUGUGGAAUAUCCGGAUAUGCCUCGGUCUCUCCCUUCCCACAUGGAAGAAGCUCCUAAUGUCUUUCAGUUGUAUCAAAGACCCACCUCUGCAUCCCGGAAGAAGCAAAAGGAAGUCCAAGACAAGGACUGUCCCUUGACCCCACCCCCUUCUCCAACAGCGGAUGAGCCCAAGAUACUUGUUGGAAAGAGUAAAUUUGAUGAUUCCUUGGUCCACAUCAAUAUAUUCUUGGUGGAUAAGAAACAUCCAGAAUUCUCUUCCAGUUAUAGUAGAGUUAACAGGAGCAUUGAUGUUGAUUUUAACUGCUUGGAUGUACUGAUCACACUGCAAACCUGGGUUGUGAUACUAGAUUUUUUUGGAAUUGGCUCCACUGCAGACAACCAUGCUAUGAAGGUGCCACCUGAGGACGUUCUACAAAAUGUUAAGUCAGAAUCAAAUGCUAUGAUAGAGUCUGAACUUCAAGAUCCAGUCAACACCAAGCUGGAUCUCAAGGUUCAUUCACUCUCUCUCGUGCUGAAUAAGACCACCAGUGAGCUUGCUAAAGCAAAUGUGUCCAAAUUAGUAGCACACCUGGAAAUGAUUGAGGGAGACCUGGCCUUACAGGGAAGCAUUGGGAGCCUGUCUCUAAGUGACCUUACAUCCCAUGGAGAGUUCUACAGAGAACGGUUCACUACAAGUGGAGAAGAAGCACUCAUCUUCCAGACUUUUAAGUACGGACAGCCUGACCCUUUGCUCCGGAGAGAACAUGACAUUCGAGUGAGCCUGCAGAUGGCCUCUGUGCAGUAUGUGCACACUCAGCGCUUCCAGGCGGAGGUGGUGGCUUUCAUUCAGCAUUUCACUCAGCUGCAAGAUGUCUUAGGGCGCCAGCGAGCUGCCAUUGAAGGGCAGACGGUGAGAGAUCAAGCCCAGCGCUGCUCACGGGUUCUCCUAGAUAUUGAGGCUGGUGCUCCUGUUCUCCUUAUCCCAGAAAGUUCCAGAUCAAAUAAUCUGAUUGUAGCAAAUUUGGGGAAGUUGAAAGUCAAGAAUAAGUUUCUCUUUGCUGGUUUUCCUGGAACCUUUUCCCUGCAAGAUAAGGCAUCCGUGCCUUCAGCUUCCCCAGUGGGUAGUCCCAAACACAGUAUGAGGAAAAUGACAAGCACGGAGGACUCCAAGGGGACCCAUACCCAGGUGCAGCAAGGGUUACAAGCCACACCGUCUGUUGGCCAAGUUUCCAGUAGUCCAGAAGACCAUGUUUGCUUGCUGGAUUGCAUCGUUGUGGAUCUCCAGGACAUGGACAUCUUCGCUGCUGAGAGACAUCCACGAGAAUACUCUAUGGCCACAGAGGACAAUAGUGGAGAUCUGAUCUUCCCCUCUUACUUUGUGCGACAAACAGGAGGAAGCCUCUUAACUGAGCCUUGUAGGCUGAAAUUGCAGGUGGAAAGGAACUUGGACAAAGAAAUAAGUCAUGCUGUGCCAGACGUAUCUAUCCAUGGCAAUCUCUCCUCAGUGCACUGCUCCCUGGACCUGUAUAAAUACAAACUGAUCCGUGGCUUAUUAGAGAACAACCUUGGAGAGCCCAUAGAGGAAUUUAUGCGGCCUUAUGAUUUACAAGAUCCAAGAAUUCAUACUGUUCUCAGUGGAGAAGUGUACACUUGCAUGUGCUUCCUCAUUGAUAUGGUAAAUGUAAGUCUGGAGCUUAAAGAUCCAAAAGGAAAAGAAGGUGCUGGGUCUCUAGCCAGAUUUGACUUCAAGAAAUGUAAACUGCUCUAUGAGAGUUUUUCCAACCAAACCAAGUCCAUUAACUUGGUUUCCCAUUCUAUGAUGGCUUUUGACACCCGCUAUGCUGGGCAGAAGACCAGCCCUGGCCUGACAAAUGUAUUCAGCUGUAUCUUUCAGCCCUCUAAGAACAGCAGCACUACCCACGGUUCCAUUCAGAUUGAACUACAUUUCAGAUCUACCAAGGAUUCCUCCUGUUUUACAGUAGUUCUCAACAAUCUCCGUGUGUUUCUCAUAUUUGACUGGCUACUCUUAGUCCAUGAUUUUCUCCACACUCCAAGUGACAUUAAGAAACAAAAUAAAGCUACUCCUUCUCGCUAUCGUAACUCUAGCAGUGAAUCUGCUAGCGUUCCCAAAACUGUGAAGAGUGGAGUAGUUACCAAGCGGUCUUCCCUUCCUGUGUCCAAUGAAAGGCACCUGGAGGUCAAGGUCAAUGUAACAGGCACCGAGUUUGUAGUCGUCGAAGACGUGUCCUGCUUCGAUACCAAUGCCAUUAUUCUAAAAGGCACCACAGUGCUUACCUAUAAGCCCCGAUUUGUCGACCGCCCCUUUUCAGGAAGUUUGUUUGGCAUCGAGGUAUUUUCAUGUCGACUAGGGAAUGAGCACGAUACAGCUCUUUCAAUUGUUGAUCCCGUACAAAUCCAAGUGGAGUUGGUUGGAAAUUCUUCGUAUCAGAAUAGUUCAGGAUUGAUGGAUGCAUUCAAUAGUGAAGAUUUUCCACCUGUCUUAGAGAUUCAGUUACAAGCCCUGGAUAUCAGACUCUCCUAUAAUGACGUUCAGCUGUUUCUUGCUAUCGCAAAAUCCAUCCCAGAACAAGCUAAUGCUGCAGUGCCGGACUCGGUGGCCUUGGAAGCCGACGCUGUUAGCAGUUACCUUCCAGGUGCGUCUCGAGUUGGAGAGGAAAUGAGAGAAGGGACAAGACACACCUUAGAUCCUGUCUUGGAGUUACAGCUGGCUAGACUACAGGAGCUGGGAUUCAGCAUGGACGAUUGUCGCAAAGCUCUUCUGGUGUGUCAAGGCCAAUUGAAAAAGGCAGCAAGUUGGUUGUUUAAGAAUGCAGAACCUCUGAAGUCUCUUUCCCUGGCCUCUAACAGCCGAGAUAGCCCGGGGGCUGUGCCAGCACCGUUCAUCUCUGGAGUGGAGAUCAAAGCUGAGAGCGUGUGCAUCUGCUUUAUCGACGACUGCAUGGACUGUGAUGUUCCUCUCGCUGAACUCACCUUUUCCCGUCUGAAUUUUCUUCAACAUGUAAGAACUAGCCCUGAAGGCUACGCCCACUUCACCCUUUCUGGAGAUUAUUAUAACCGUGCUCUAUCAGGCUGGGAGCCAUUUAUUGAGCCAUGGCCGUGCUCUGUAUCCUGGCAACAACAGGCAGCUAGUCGCCUCCAUCCUCCUCGACUGAAGCUGGAAGUCAAGGCCAAGCCCCGAUUGGAUAUCAAUAUCACUUCCGUACUAAUUGACCAGUAUGUAAGUACCAAGGAAUCGUGGAUGGCAGAUUACUGUAAAGACAACAAGGAAACAGAUUCAACCCAAUCAGAAGACUGGAUGGGCUCUUCGGUGGAUCCUCCAUGUUUUGGACAAAGCCUCCCCCUUGUCUACCUUAGAACUAGGAGUACAGCCAGUCUGACUAACCUAGAGCACCAGAUCUAUGCUAGAGCAGAGGUGAAAACCCCCAAGCGCCGACAGCCAUUUGUCCCUUUUGCUCUGAGGAAUCACACAGGGUGCACUUUGUGGUUUGCCACCCUGACUACCACGCCCACCAGGGCUGCACUGUCUCACAGUGGGAGUCCAGGGGUAGUUCCGGAAGGGAACGGAACAUUUCUUGAUGAUGCGCACAAUGUGAGCGAAUGGCGAGAAGUCCUCACAGGCGAGGAGAUUCCAUUUGAAUUUGAAGCAAGAGGAAAAUUAAGACACAGACACACCCAUGAUCUCCGGAUUCAUCAGCUGCAAGUGAGAGUAAAUGGCUGGGAACAAGUGAGCCCAGUGUCUGUGGACAAAGUUGGGACCUUUUUUCGAUAUGCUGCACCAGAUAAAAAUUCAUCUUCCUCUACGAUUGGCAGCCCAAGCAGCAGGACAAAUAUUAUCCAUCCCCAGGUUUACUUCUCUUCACUCCCACCUGUCCGGGUGGUCUUUGCAGUGACUAUGGAAGGCAGUGCUCGGAAAGUAAUCACUGUCCGAUCAGCCCUCAUUGUGAGGAACAGACUUGAGACACCAAUGGAACUAAGACUGGACAGCCCGUCAGCUCCAGACAAACCAGUGGUGCUUCCUGCUGUCAUGCCAGGGGAUUCAUUUGCUGUGCCUUUACACCUCACUUCUUGGCGGCUACAGGCCCGGCCCAAAGGAUUGGGUGUAUUUUUCUGUAAGGCUCCUAUUCAUUGGACCAAUGUAGUGAAGACUACCGAGGUUAGUAGUAGCAAACGAGAGUGCCACUCUAUGGACACAGAAAAAAGCCGAUUCUUCAGGUUUUGUGUGGCUAUAAAGAAAGAGAAUUAUCCAGAUUACAUGCCCUCAAACAUAUUUUCUGACAGUGCAAAACAGAUUUUCAGACAGCCCGGGCAUACUAUAUAUCUUCUGCCAACUGUGGUAAUCUGCAACUUGCUACCCUGUGAACUUGAAUUUUAUGUUAAAGGAAUGCCAAUUAAUGGGACACUGAAACCUGGCAAGGAGGCAGCUCUCCAUACAGCCGAUACAUCCCAGAACAUUGAACUAGGGGUAUCAUUGGAGAAUUUUCCCCUCUGUAAAGAAUUGCUCAUUCCACCUGGAACCCAAAACUAUAUGGUGAGAAUGCGACUCUAUGACAUCAACCGGCGGCAGCUAAACCUCACCAUCCGGAUUGUGUGCCGAGCGGAAGGAUCCUUAAAGAUCUUCAUUUCUGCUCCAUAUUGGCUGAUUAACAAAACAGGGUUACCACUGAUCUUCAGACAGGACAAUGCAAAGACAGAUGCUGCAGGCCAGUUUGAGGAACACGAGCUGGCCCGGAGCCUGAGCCCUCUCUUAUUCUGCUAUGCUGACAAAGAGCAGCCCAACCUCUGCACGAUGAGAAUUGGAAGGGGAAUUCAUCCGGAAGCCAUGCCGGGCUGGUGUCAGGGCUUCUCCCUGGAUGGUGGUAGUGGUGUCCGAGCUUUGAAAGUCAUCCAGCAAGGAAAUCGCCCAGGGCUGAUCUAUAACAUUGGUAUUGAUGUCAAGAAAGGCCGAGGUCGAUACAUUGACACCUGUAUGGUCAUCUUUGCCCCCCGUUACCUGCUAGAUAAUAAAUCAUCUCACAAGCUUGCAUUUGCACAGAGGGAAUUUGCCAGGGGACAGGGAACAGCCAAUCCUGAAGGUUACAUUUCUACCCUUCCUGGUUCCAGUGUGGUGUUCCACUGGCCUCGGAAUGACUAUGAUCAGCUAUUGUGUGUCAGACUGAUGGAUGUUCCCAACUGUAUUUGGUCUGGAGGCUUUGAAGUCAACAAGAAUAAUUCCUUCCAUAUCAACAUGAGAGAUACCCUGGGAAAAUGCUUCUUCCUACGCGUGGAAAUUACUCUCCGAGGAGCUACAUAUAGGAUCUCAUUUAGUGACACAGAUCAAUUACCCCCUCCUUUCCGAAUUGACAACUUUUCCAAGGUCCCAGUUGUCUUUACUCAGCACGGUGUAGCCGAACCCAGGCUCCGGACUGAAGUGAAGCCUAUGACUUCAUUGGAUUAUGCCUGGGAUGAACCCACCCUGCCGCCUUUUAUCACUCUCACUGUUAAAGGGGCAGGUUCCUCUGAGAUCAGCUGCAACAUGAAUGAUUUCCAGGAUAACCGACAGCUUUAUUACGAAAAUUUCAUUUAUAUUGCUGCUACAUAUACAUUCUCUGGUUUGCAGGAGGGAACAGGCAGGCCUGUGGCUUCCAACAAGGCCAUUACCUGUGCUGAGCUCGUUUUGGAUGUCUCACCAAAGACACAAAGAGUCAUUUUAAAGAAGAAGGAACCAGGCAAGCGCUCUCAGCUGUGGAGGAUGACGGGUACAGGGAUGCUGGCCCAUGAGGGCUCUUCGGUUCCUCACAACCCCAACAAGCCCUCAGCUGCCCGCUCCACCGAGGGGUCUGCCAUUUUAGAUAUUGCUGGUCUUGCCGCAGUGACUGACAACAGAUACGAGCCACUGAUGCUGAGGAAGCCUGAUCGCAGGCGAAGCACAACUCAGACAUGGAGUUUCCGAGAAGGAAAACUGACCUGUGGGUUACAUGGGUUGGUGGUCCAGGCCAAAGGAGGGCUUUCUGGUUUAUUUGAUGGAGCUGAAGUUGUUCUUGGUCCUGACACUUCGAUGGAGCUUUUGGGGCCAGUUCCACCUGAACAACAGUUUAUUAACCAAAAAAUGAGACCUGGUUCUGGAAUCUUAUCCAUUAGAGUCAUCCCAGAUGGACCAACUAGAGCACUCCAGAUAACAGAUUUCUGCCACCGGAAAAGUGACCGUUCAUCGUAUGAAGUAGAUGAACUUCCUAUAACGGAACAGGAGCUACAGAAAUUAAGGAAUCCAGACACAGAACAGGAAUUAGAAGUGCUCGUGAGGUUAGAAGGUGGAAUUGGGUUGUCCUUAAUUAAUAAAGUCCCAGAAGAACUGGUCUUUGCAAGUCUUACAGGAAUCAGUGUGCAUUAUACACAGCUGGCAACCAGUCACAUGCUUGAACUUAGCAUACAGGAUGUACAGGUGGAUAAUCAGCUCAUCGGUACCACUCAGCCCUUCAUGCUCUACGUGACUCCCCUGAGCAACGAGAAUGAGGUCGUCGACACCAGCCCUGCCGUGCAAGUCAACGCGGUGAAGUUCCCCAGUAAGAGUGCGCUGACCAACAUCUACAAGCAUCUGAUGAUCACGGCUCAGAGGUUCACAGUACAAAUUGAGGAGAAACUACUCCUCAAGCUGCUCAGUUUCUUUGGCUACGCUCAAGCAGAAUCAGAGGUGGAAAAAUACGAUGAAAACCUCCAUGAAAAAACAGUUGAGCAAGGUGGGACACCAAUUCGAUACUACUUUGAAAAUCUCAAAAUCAGCAUUCCCCAGAUCAAGCUAAGUGUGUUCACCUCCAACAAGCUGCCACUGGAUCUUAAGGCCCUCAAAAGCACCUUGGGAUUUCCUUUGAUUCGGUUUGAAGAUGCUGUGAUUAAUUUGGAUCCAUUCACUCGGGUACAUCCCUAUGAGACCAAGGAGUUCAUCAUCAAUGAUAUCCUCAAACAUUUCCAGGAGGAACUCCUCAGCCAGGCAGCUCGAAUCCUGGGAUCAGUGGAUUUUCUUGGCAAUCCUAUGGGACUUUUGAAUGACGUUUCUGAAGGGGUUACUGGACUGAUAAAGUACGGAAAUGUCGGUGGGCUCAUCAGAAAUGUUACACAUGGAGUCUCAAACUCUGCUGCCAAGUUUGCAGGGACAUUAUCAGAUGGCUUAGGGAAGACAAUGGACAAUCGGCAUCAGUCAGAGCGGGAGUACAUCAGAUACCACGCAGCCACCAGUGGUGAGCACCUCGUAGCCGGCAUCCAUGGCCUGGCUCAUGGUAUCAUUGGUGGAUUGACCAGUGUUAUAACCUCGACAGUGGAAGGUGUGAAAACAGAAGGGGGUGUCAGCGGUUUUAUAUCUGGCCUUGGGAAAGGGCUUGUUGGCACUGUAACCAAGCCAGUGGCAGGUGCCCUGGAUUUUGCAUCAGAAACAGCCCAGGCGGUGAGAGACACAGCCACACUCAGUGGCCCCAGGACUCAAGCACAGAGGGUUCGGAAGCCACGUUGCUGCACGGGGCCCCAGGGGCUGCUUCCUCGCUAUUCUGAGAGCCAGGCAGAAGGGCAAGAGCAGCUCUUCAAACUCACGGACAAUAUACAAGACGAAUUCUUCAUAGCCGUGGAGAACAUCGACAGCUACUGUGUGCUCAUCUCCUCCAAAGCCGUUUACUUCCUGAAGAGUGGAGACUACGUGGACCGAGAGGCCAUUUUCCUAGAAGUCAAAUACGAUGAUCUCUACCACUGCCUUGUCUCCAAAGACCACGGGAAGGUGUAUGUGCAGGUGACCAAGAAAGCCGUGAGCACGAGCAGUGGUGUGUCCAUCCCAGGCCCCUCCCACCAGAAGCCAAUGGUCCAUGUGAAAUCUGAGGUCCUCGCUGUCAAGUUAUCACAAGAAAUAAACUAUGCAAAGAGCCUUUACUACGAACAGCAACUUAUGUUAAGACUCAGUGAAAAUCAAGAGCAGUUGGAGCUGGACUCCUGAGAAGUCCCAGCUGCUGGAGAAAUACUCCCGGACACACAUGCAAGCCAGCCAGGAGGAAGGAACAGGCCCGCACUCUGGUAUUAAAUUAGAGGCAAAACCAGAAUAAGGUUUGGGGGAAGAUGUCAAGGAAUGAGGGAAAGUAAAUCCUCAUGGGGAAAAAUUCAAAUAGAAACCAUAUUCAUUUGCGGGGCAGGGAGUUACUUUAGAUUAUGGGGAAGUAAUUUUUAAAAGGUAUUGGUUGAAUAACGUAAAAAAAAUGUACUGAGAUGAAUCUAAUUUUUAGAUUGCCCUGUAUUUUGUUAACAUGUAUAUAUGUACAACUAUGUGUUUGUAAAUACAUAGGAGUGUUUCUGCACAGGGCCCGUCGUGUGUAAAGGUUUGUUAACUGUAAAGUAAUAUAAAAUUAUAUUGGAUCUUCUAUUGCACUAAUUCUAUACGUCUAAUUCAGGGUACUCUCUAUAGAAAGGCAUUCUUAAAAAUUGAAGAAUGUUAUGUCUUAGUUUUGGAAACUAAAGUAUUCAAAGUAAAGUAAAGUGGAUUGAAUAUUCAAGAGUGAUGCCUUUGAAACCUUCGGUUAUCCAGGCUGGAGCUGUGAGCCAAAGUAUUCCAACCAGAGCUGACCCUUCAGAAGACCCUAGGAGAGUGGCUUGGUAGCACACCUUACAUUUCUCAUGUUCAUUUUAUAGAUAGUUCUUAUAUUAUCACAGGUUAUUUUUUAAGUUAUCUAUCUAUUUGACUUUCUCCUGACUAGUCUUGCCAAACUUAGAGGAAAAAUUGUGUUCCAUUACCACACACACAGAAAUCAGCAUUGUAAGUUUUUCUUGGGUUAUUAUUAGAGGUUUGAAACAUUGGUAGGCUCUGUUG